GCAGCCGGGACAACCGGGUCGAGUUGCGCUGAUGGGCGGUCCGGUUCAAGUCGUCUAAUGGCUUGGACUCGAUUAACGCCGUCAAUGUUUUCCCACUUCCUCGUCCGGCCCCGAAGACGACGACGACUACGUCUUCCCGACACAACCUCUUUCCUCCUGGCUCUAGUCAUCGUGAUUGCCAUGUGGAGCGGUGGGGUUGAAGGCAACAGCGGUUGCAAGGUGGAUCACUGCACUCGUCAAUUCCAGCAGGCGGCCAUGAUGAGCGGCGUGAGACGGGGUCCUUCGCCGGCCUUUUGCGUCAUCUUGCGCCAGUACUCCGAUUGCCUUCGUUCGACGGCGCGAUCGUGUCGUGGACACUUGGCCUACCAUUCGACCAUCACGUUGGUGCAGAACUGGAACGGUGAUUUCAAUUGUUCCUACGUCGGAGGCAGUUCGGCACCGGCGCCGCUUCCCAUCAAAGAAAGCGGCCGUUCCCGCAAUCCCGAUCAUCACUCGUCGUCGAAUUUGCACGCCGCCAAAAUGGAGGAUUCCUAUUCGAACGACAAGACAGUGACGUCGUCGUCGGCCGAGCGCACCACCAGUUUGGAACCGACGGCCCGCGUCUACGUCCGCCCGGAGAAGCCGCUCAACAGUCUGCCCAUUACGGGCACGAACGUCGUGAUGGAAGCCAGUCCGGCGUGCACAUACCAGGGCCGUCCUGAAGUGACGCACUGCAGUUUCUAUGGAGACCCGCAUCUAGUGACAUUUAACGGAGACUUUCAAACGUGCAAAGUGGCCGGUGCGUGGCCGCUCAUCGACAACGCUUAUUUGGCCGUCUCCGUGACCAACGAAGCCGUUGUACCCGGAUCCGCUGCCACAGCUACUACCAAGAUCACCAUCAUCAUCAAGGGAGGCUCGGACUGUGCACCAGAACGGACCUACGAGGCGGCUGUCGACUCGGUUCCGGCCUCUUUUGUCGACGGAAGUCAGUGGGGUGGACCGUUGCCGCCUGGCAGUAGCAGCUUCUCAUCUGCUGCCCUGGAACACUUGGUGCCAGUCAGGAUUGUCGACAAGGAGCCCGGUCGUCACGUCGAGAUUCACGCUCGCCAUCUGGGCGCUACGUUGAUCGUUCGCCAAGUCGGCCGCUACUUGACGUUCGCCGCUAAGCUACCACGUGAUAUCGCCGAGCAGGGAGCCGGAACGGAAGGCCUCCAACUCUGCGUCAAAGGCUGUCCAGCUUCGGAGCGCAUCGACGUCGCCACUGUACUGCUGGGCAGCGGACAGGGCCGGCAUCCGAGCCAGCCAUCUAGCGGACGAUUUUACCGAUCGCAGACGAACGAGUCGCCGUCGACGAUGGUCAAAGGCAUGCACCGUGACGCCGCCCUGGCCCUCUGCCGCGAGUACAAUCUGACCGAUUACUACCUGGAUUCGUGCAUGUUUGAUCUGAUGACCACGGGCGAUCCGAGUUUCUCUCUGGCCGCCAGCCGGGCCCAGUCUGAUUACCUUUCACUGUUGCCAGACGCGGCUUAUCGGCUGGCCAAUCGAACUUGGCCCCUCGGCGCUUCCGGCUCGUCGUCGACGGCAUCGAGAGGAAGUCUCUCUUUAUCGGCGUCGUCGUCUGCGGCGUCCAGCGUUUUCCCAUCGGCCGUCCGAGAAGCGCACGGACCAGGCCGGCCGUCCAUCGUUACAGUCUCUCUUGUCUUCGUCUGGACUCUGAUGAGCUUAUGGAACCCAUUGCGGUGAUACCACAGGAAAACAAAAACAAACAAAUGUAUAACACAAAGUAGCAAGACAAAUGAUUUGUACAGUCAUCGUUCGUCGUCAAAUGUCAUCGUACAUGAAAAUGAGUUGUUUAUGUUUUGUGUGCGUGAGUGUGUAUAUAUAUAUGUACGUUUGAUUUGCAUUAUAUAUAUAUAAAUAUAUAUAUAUUUGAUAUAAAAUUAUUGGACUGAAUUAGAGUUCGUAUGUACAAAAUGAAAAUGUCGUCCGUACCAAAACAUUAAAAAAAAAAUAAUAAUAAUUUGUUCACCUCCCUUUCUCAAUCUGUUCCCACCCCCCUCACACACACCGUGUUUUAUUUUGCCGGCCAAUCUUUUUUUUUUUUUUUUUU